UUCUACUACUGCUUUUCCCAACUUUCUCUUCCCCUCUCCCCCGCCUAUUACUACUUUCUUGGCUACGUUUCCCCAAGUCCUUAUAUAUCCACUAGUCAUCCUGGUGGUCUUUCCCUUUCAUCCGCAAUUAAUUUCUUCCCUUCGUCUGAAAAAUGAGCUCCAAGGAUCCACAUAGCGGCGUUCCCGCCUCGAGCAAGGGCUCGUGGACAAGUUUCCUCAAGUCUAUCGCUUCCUUCAACGGCGACCUUUCCUCCUUGACUGCCCCCCCUUUCAUCCUCUCCUCCACCUCCUUGACUGAAUAUUCCGCCUACUGGGCAGAGCACCCUGCGCUCUUUGUGGCUCCCGCCAAAGAAGUCGACCCCGAGAAGAGAGCAUUGGCUGUCCUGAAAUGGUUCCUCAGCACCCUCCACCAACAGUACUGCAGCCGCAGCGAGAAGCUCGGUAGCGAGAAGAAGCCUUUGAACCCCUUCCUUGGAGAGCUCUUCCUGGGCAAGUGGGACUCCGAUGCAGAGGUGGGCGAGACGAGCCUGAUCAGUGAGCAGGUCAGCCACCACCCCCCUGCCACUGCGUACGCUAUCCGGAACGAGAAGCACGGUGUCGAACUUCAAGGAUACAACGCCCAGAAGGCGUCCUUCUCCAGCACCAUCCAGAUCAAGCAGAUCGGCCACGCUCUCCUGACUCUCACUCCCCCGGGAGCUGACAAGAAUGAUGCCGCCCAGCAGGAGAAAUACUUCAUCACUCUCCCCGCCCUGCACAUCGAAUCCUUGAUCUACGGAACGCCAUUCGUCGAGCUCGAGAAGACGACCCGCAUCGCCAGCAGCACCGGUUACAUCGCCAAGAUCGACUACUCCGGCAAGGGUUGGUUGAGCGGCAAGAAGAACACCUUCAGCGCCAUCCUGUACAAGGAGAGUGAGGGCGAGAAGAAGCCCCUGUACACCGUCGAUGGUCAAUGGUCGGACUCUUUCGUCAUCAAGGACUCCAGAAAGCACGAGGUGGACAGAUUCUCUGUCAAGGAUACCCAGACCACUCCUUUGACCCUGGCACCACUCGAUCAGCAAGACCUCUACGAGAGCCGGCGGGCCUGGCGGGACGUGGCGGCGGGCAUCGAGCGGAGCGACAUGGACGCCGUGUCUGUGGCCAAGUCUAAGAUCGAGAAUGCCCAGCGUGAGCUGCGCAAGGUCGAAAAGUCGGAGGAUCGUGAAUGGGAGCGUCGUUUCUUCAAGCGUGUCAACGAGAGCGACGACGAAGCGUUCCAGCAGCUUGGCCCCAAGCUUGGCAUUACCUCCCUGGAGAGCGACAAGACGGGCGGUGUCUGGCGGUUCGACGCGGCCAAGGCGGCGGACGCCAAGCCCCCUUACCACGCAACUGGGGGCGAGGGCCUGGGUGUCUCUGCAUGAACAGGACACCGGUUGCGAGGGUAGUGGCUAGUUCUCCCUCGGUCUGCAAGGUCGGAUAGAGUGGUGGAACUAGCAGGGACGACUGCCAUCAUAGAUUGCGUUCUCUUUCACUUUUCUCGUUCAGGAGGUUUGGGUAUCUGUAUAUAGAAUAGCAGCGAGAACUGGAUAGUUCCUAGAUCACCCCGGCGGACUACUUUUCUGCUUGGGGUUCGUGAGUCAAGUCGACCGCGUGAAGGAUAAGUCCUUGUCGGGAAAAAAGGAUUAAUCCUGGCAUCCAGUUGGUCACGGUGGUCGGGCGAUUAUUAUUAUUAUUAUUGGUUCUGUUUUGUUUAAACCGUCAGUGAACAAUGCAGGCAAACAUCAUCAUGAAACC